GUCAUAUGUCUGCUAGGGAUUUUUCGAAUAAUCGAGCGCUAAUUCAACGCGGAUCUUAAAAAUUCAUAGAGUUUCCUAUCUAGCUAAAGUGUAUAAGCAAAGGGGCAGCAGCAUAUGAUGUGAUUAUCUACCUUGAUAACAUCAUCCACACAUCUGAGUGCAACUGUGUACGUGGUGUGUCAAACACGUGUUAUUAAAAUUUAUAUAAAUUUUUGAAAAUAAUUUAUUUGAUUUUUGGCGAAGUAUACUUGAAGAAAUGGCAAAGCGAUCACAACCAGCUUGGCAUCUGCCAAAUAGGAAAGAUGCUACUGAGCUACGAUUGUACAACAGUUUGACCAGAGAAAAAGAAAUAUUUGUCCCACAAUUUGGAAAUCGUAUUCUGUGGUAUAGUUGCGGACCUACUGUUUAUGACGCAUCACAUAUGGGCCAUGCAAGAUCGUAUAUAUCUUUUGACAUUUUACGUCGUGUAUUGUCAGACUAUUUUGGAUAUGAUGUUUUAUAUGUAAUGAAUAUUACUGAUAUAGAUGAUAAGAUUAUAAAAAGGGCAAGGCAAAAUUACUUGUAUGAGAAAUAUCUAGAGGAAAAUCAUAGUCUGAACAGUGUAUUAGAUGAUACGAGAGAAGUAAUAUCUACUUUCGAAAAUACUGUAAAAACAACAACAGAUCCUGAUAAAAAGUGCAUGAUGGAGAAGAUGUUAUGUAAAAUAACAAAGGCUAUCGAAAAUCUGGAAAAAGCAGUUAUAGGAAAGAAUGAGAAAGAAAUUACUGAAUUGCAAAAAGAACUACUGAAAGAAGCUAAAGAUCCUUUAGCUGACUGGUUAGAUAAAAUAAAAGGCAAUACUAUCACAGAGCAUUCUAUAUUUAAUAAACUAUCUAAACAUUGGGAAUCAGAAUUUCAUAAAGAUAUGGAUGCUUUAAAUGUAUUAAAACCGAAUGUACUGACAAGAGUUAGCGAAUAUAUCCCUGAGAUAAUAACAUUUGUACAAAAAAUAAUAGAUAAUGGGCUUGCUUAUGAAAGUAAUGGAUCAGUUUACUUUGAUGUAGGCAAGUUUGAUAAACAGAAAAAGCAUUCUUAUGCUAAACUUGUACCAGAAGCAUACGGCGAUACCUCAAGUUUACAAGAAGGAGAGGGUGAUUUGAGCAUUACGGAAGAUAAACUCUCUGAAAAGAGAUCAGUGACAGACUUUGCACUUUGGAAAAGCUCAAAAGCAGGCGAACCAUGGUGGGACAGUCCUUGGGGCAAGGGACGACCUGGAUGGCAUAUCGAAUGCUCGGUCAUGGCUUCUGCGAUUUGUGGAGAGAGCUUAGAUAUUCAUACAGGCGGUGUAGAUCUUAAAUUUCCUCAUCACGAUAAUGAACUUGCACAAGCGGAAGCGUAUUUUGAUAAUUCACACUGGGUCAGAUAUUUUCUGCACUCUGGUCACUUGACUAUAGCUGGCUGCAAAAUGUCAAAAUCAUUAAAGAAUUUUGUAACUAUACAAGAGGCUUUAAAGAAGCAUUCGGCAAGACAACUUAGACUUGCGUUUCUUUUACAUUCGUGGAAGGAUACUUUAGAUUACAGCGAUAAUACUAUGAAUAUGGUCGUGCAAUAUGAAAAAUUUCUUAACGAAUUCUUUUUGAAUGUAAAAUGUAAAAUUAGAAGUUUGGGAACGAAAACUACUAUUAACAGUUUUACUAAAUGGUCUAAUUCUGAAAUAGAACUCAAAAAGUUUCAGCUUGCUAAGCAUUCUGUACAUAAAGCAUUAUGCGAUAAUGUCGAUACAAGAACUGCUCUCGAUGUAAUACGAGAACUUGUGGCAACUUGCAACAUAUACAUGAGUCAAAAUAAAAAUCCGAAUACGCUUCUUCUUAGAGAUAUUGGCGUAUAUAUUACAAAAUUAUUUAUUAUUUUUGGAGCUAUUUCUUCUUCGUAUGAUUCGAUCGGAUUUCCAAUUGAUGAUGAGACACUUGGUACAAAUGUUGAAGAGACUGUUAUGCCAUAUCUGGAAAUUUUGGCUAAUUUUCGACAUAAAGUUCGCGAUUGCGCGAAAACUUUGAAGGCAAACGAUAUUCUGCAAGAGUGCGAUAUACUGCGCGACGAUAUCUUACCAAACGUUGGAGUGCGGUUGGAAGACAGUAAUGAAGAGAUUUGUAAAGUAAAAUUAGUUAACAAAGAAGAGUUGUUGAAAGAGAAAGAAAUCAAGAAAAAGUUGGAACUUGAAAAGAACUUAGAGAAAGAAAAGAAAAAAGCAGAGGCUGCUGCUGCUGCCGCAGCGAAGGAAGCACAGAAAAAAAUAUCACCGACUGAUAUGUUUAGAUUGGAGAAAGAUAAAUAUUCUCAGUUUGAUGAUAAGGGAUUGCCAACGCACGAUGCCGAAGGUAAAGAACUUAGCAAAGGUUUGCUCAAGAAAUUGCAAAAGCUACAACAAACACAGCAAAAACGAUAUAACGAAUACUUAGCUUCAACACAGAAUGGUUGCUUGUAAGAUUUUGUAUGCAAGAAUCUGUCGAUUCAUUUAUGAAUUUGUAUCGUAUACAAGAUGUCUAUUUUAUGUCUCGACAACUAAAUCAUCACUUUACUAUUAUAAAAAUUAUAAUUAUUAUUUUACAUUAUCCUAAAUUAUUUACAAGUUUAUAUCAUUUAUUCAAAUGUAAUUUUUCAAAUGUGCAUGUGUGGCGUACGUGGGUGUGUGUUUGAUAUUGAAUAUUUAAAUAUUUGAAUGUGGAUAUUUGAUAUUUGAUAUCAAUUAAAUUGAUAUAACAUUUUUUGAGCUUUGUUCUAAAAGCUUUAUUAAUGAGUUUGAGUUAAGCAUAAUUUUCCAGUAUCUAUUUUCUUUACGAUAAAGUAUUUUUAAUUACUAAAUUACUUUCAAAUUUUUUUUAGUAAUUUAUUUUUUUUUGUAGUAUUUAUAUUAAAUAAUUACCGCACAAAAAUGUAGGACAUUUCAUAAAUAUUGUAAGUUAUUGUUACAAAAUAAGUUAACUUUAUUUAAGGAAUUAUAUAUUUUUAAUGCACUGUAAUAAAUAUAAACAUGCACAUAA